GCGAGUGAUAGCGGCGUGAACCCAAGUUGGUAGUUGGAAUUCAACGUUCUAUCGUCACGCCGGCGACAAGUGUCGUAGCCAUCGUUAUUGUAACAGAAUUGUAAUAUCAUAAUGGACAAAAGUCAUCCACCACCACCACCACCACCUGGUUUUAUGGGACCACCACCUGAUUAUGUGGGACCACCACCUCCAAUGCCACCACCCUCUGGGGCCAGAGAGCCAAAUGUUGUCAUCGUGGGAGCCUAUCAGUGGGGUUCAGACUCGCAAAGUGUAACAUGUCCCGUUUGUCAUGCCCACAUUAGCACGAUGAUAGAAACUGAAGCAAACACAAAAACACACCUUUUUGCCAUACUUUUAUGCAUUUUAGGAUUGUGGUGUUGUGCACCCUGUCCUUACUGUAUAGACAGCUGUAUGGUGAAGAAACACUAUUGUCCUUCCUGUAAAUCAUACUUGGGACAAUCGGACAAUUGAUUCUAUGCCGAUAUGUGCCGAAACAUUGACGAUAAAGUUUAUGUUAAGAAUAUUAACUGCUUUAAAAUAUUACAUUUUGUACAAUAUACGCACAAUAUUCUAUGCAUUGUAUCGCGUAUAAUCAACAACUCAAAGAACGAGUUAAAAGUUUGUUUAUAUCCUAUUUUACGCAAUUCUUCGUGAUAAACAAAUGCGUAAGAGGUACAUCGUAAUUAUAUCGCAAAUCAUUGAUUAUUACUUUUUUAUAUAUAUGUAAAAUUCUGGGCAUUUCUUGUCAUAAGCAAGUUACUAUUUGUGUAUUUUUUUGUUUUCAACAAUGGGUUGAAAACCGUGUAAGUACACAUUUUAAUAAGCUUUUGGUAUGCUACUUAACACAUUAAAUGCAGAGUCAAUUUCGUUUCAUUAUCCACAAAAGUAACGUCUACAAAAAAUGUGCCUGU